GGGUGACCUCAAUACCCGCGUGGACGCCUCCCGGGACGACGUGGAUGCCUGGUUGGCCGCCAAGCAAUUCGACCGCUGUAUGGCGGCCGAUCAGUUGCUGCCUCUACUGAAAGGCGAUUCAGGUCAUGCCAGCCCGUGUGGCCUUUGGCCCGACUUUCAAGAGGCGCAGAUCAACUUUCCACCCACUUACAAGUUCGACAAAUACUCCGAGGUUUACGAUUCCUCCAAAAAGCGACGAGUUCCCAGUUGGACGGAUCGUAUCCUCUGGAAGAAGGACCCCGGCAUCAAAUCGCUGAGUUACAACUCGGUACCAACGCUGCAAUGCUCCGACCAUCGCCCGGUCUUUGGGCAAUUCGAGGUGAAGGUUGACUUGAAUUGGUCAGGUCCACCACCUUCUGCCAGGAAAAGCUCGGUGUGCACAGUGCAGUGAGGUACCAGCCCUGUCAUCGCCGAGGGUUGACCUGUCCGGAUGGAUCCCAAGCGAUUUGCUGGGAGACAAUGCAGGCGCAGGAGACUUUGG